CAGGCAGGGCAUGUUCCUUAUAGAUUGCUUUGCUGUCUAAAAAGUAGCCAGUGAGUGUAGCGCCGGAGGGUGUGGGGUGCCGGCUGGGCAUGCGCUGCCCUGACGGGUCAGCAGCCUGGCACAGCGCCCAUUCCCCGGCACACAUUACGCUGCGCUUCCCUCAGCAGCACCGGCAGGAGACACACAGUAGCAGCGGGCGCAUCUCCUGCCACCCAGCCCCAUCACUGCCACUAGCGCCGGCCUGGUGACCUCACGCAGCCGCACCUCUAAUGACGGGGAAUCGGGAUAUGGAGAACCUCAUCCCGCUGGUGAACCGGCUGCAGGACGCAUUCAGCGCCAUUGGGCAGAGCUGCCACCUGGAGCUGCCGCAGAUCGCCGUGGUGGGCGGGCAGAGUGCGGGGAAGAGCUCGGUGCUGGAGAACUUCGUGGGCAGGGAUUUUCUUCCACGGGGAUCUGGAAUUGUGACAAGACGUCCACUAGUCCUACAACUUAUAACUUCUAAAAAAGAGUAUGCUGAGUUCUUGCACUGCAAAGGGAAGAAAUUCUCCGAUUUUGAUGAGGUUCGUCAGGAAAUUGAAUCAGAAACAGAGAGAACAACUGGCACAAACAAAGGGAUUUCAUCCAUUCCUAUCAAUCUGAAAAUAUUUUCACCAAAUGUGUUGAAUCUGACCCUCAUUGACUUACCCGGCAUCACAAAAGUUCCAGUUGGUGAUCAGCCUGCAGACAUUGAGUCCCAGAUCCGAGAAAUGAUUAUGCAGUUCAUUGUUAGAGAGAAUUGCUUGAUACUUGGAGUUACUCCUGCCAACACAGACCUUGCCAACUCUGAUGCCCUUAAGAUUUCCAAAGAAGUAGAUCCUCAAGGUCUCAGAACGAUUGGUGUAAUCACAAAACUGGACCUCAUGGAUGAUGGAACUGAUGCCCGGGAGAUUUUGGAGAACAAGCUGCUUCCACUGUGCAGAGGUUAUGUUGGAGUUGUUAAUAGAAGCCAAAAAGAUAUUGAUGGUAAAAAGGACAUACAAGCGGCUUUGUUAGCAGAAAGGACAUUUUUCCUAUCUCAUCCUUCUUAUAAGCACAUAGCAGAUCGCAUGGGGACCCCAUACCUUCAGAAAAUCCUCAAUCAGCAACUCACCAACCACAUACGGGAAACUUUGCCUGAGCUCAGGAACAAACUACAAAGUCAGCUGCUUUCCUUAGAACUUGAUGCUGAGGCUUACAAAAGUUAUAAACCGGAGGAUCCCUCAUGGAAGACCAAAGCUUUGCUGCAGAUGGUCCAGCAUUUUGCUCUAGACUUUGAGAAGAGGAUUGCGGGAUCAGGUAAUCAAGUGGAUACCCGGGAGCUAUCAGGUGGUGCCAAAAUCAAUCGCAUCUUUCAUGAGCGCUUCCCAUUUGAACUUGUUAAGAUGGAAUUUGAGGAAAAGGACCUUCGGAAAGAGAUUAGCUAUGCAAUCAAAAACAUCCACGGCAUCAGAACUGGGCUGUUUACUCCAGAUAUGGCCUUUGAAGCAAUAGUGAAAAAGCAGAUUGUGAAGCUAAAAGGACCAACUCUGAAAUGUGUUGACCUAGUGAUGGAAGAGUUACUUAAUACGGUUAGAAAAUGCACCUCUAAGCUUUCUGAUUAUCCAAGACUUCGUGAUGAGACAGAAAGUAUAGUAACUUUAUUCAUUCGUGAAAGAGAGGAGAAAACCAAAGAACAGGUGUUACUCAUGAUUGAUAUACAACUUUCUUAUAUCAACACCAAUCAUGAAGACUUCAUUGGCUUUGCGAAUGCACAGCAAAGAUGCAGUCAGCAGAAGAAGAGUCCAGCAAGCAAUCAGGUGAUACGGAAGGGCUGGCUGACUAUAAGCAAUAUCAGUAUCAUGAAAGGAGGAUCCAAGGACUAUUGGUUUAUUCUUACAGCAGAAAGCCUAUCCUGGUAUAAAGAUGAUGAGGAAAAAGAGAAGAAGUACAUGCUACCUUUGGACAAUCUGAAAGUACGUGAUGUGGAAAAAAGCUUCAUGUCCAGCAAACACAUCUUUGCGCUGUUCAACACCGAGCAAAGGAAUGUUUACAAGGAUCAUCGAUGCCUGGAACUGGCCUGUGACUCCCAGGAAGAAGUGGAUAGCUGGAAAGCAUCUCUGCUUCGUGCUGGAGUCUAUCCUGAUAGGCCGACAGAUAUAGAAGACACAACAGAAGCUGAUAACUUUUCAAUGGAUCCACAGCUGGAACGGCAAGUGGAAACUAUCCGAAAUCUGGUGGAUUCCUACAUGACCAUUAUAAAUAAGGGCAUCAGAGAUCUUAUACCCAAGACAUUAAUGCACUUGAUGAUCAACAGUGUAAAGGACUUCAUACAUGCAGAGCUGCUUGCUCUCCUGUACUCCUCUGAGGACCAAAACACUUUGAUGGAGGAGUCAGCUGAACAGGCUCAAAAGCGAGAUGAGAUGCUUCGCAUGCAUCAUGCUUUAAAGGAAGCUCUACAGAUCAUCGGUGACAUCAGCACGACCACCGUUCCUACCCCAAUGCCACCUCCUGUAGAUGAUUCCUGGAUGCAGUGUCACUGGUCUCCACCUUCAAGUCCGACAAGCCAGAAAAAAACAACUCAGCAUUCUGCCCAGGUAUGGUCAUCUGUUUCACUGGCAAGCCGAGGCACUGUACCUGUUGUCCCACCGUUAGGAAAUCAGCUUGGAGCUCCUCCUAUUCCUUCCCGUCCAGGACCUUUACCUGUCUUUCCUAAUACUAAUGAUCCAUGUGUGAUGCCACCACAGAUUCCUUCUCGUCCAACACGUGCACCACCAAAUGUUCCCAGCCGAAGACAACCUUCAUCACCUACACGUACUGCAAUUAUCCGUUCAUCAGACUCUUCCAUGUUCGACUAGGUCGGAUUGCCAAUUGCCAAUUGUAUGAAUGCAUCUUAUUUGUGGUGUUAUAAACCUGUCUGAGCUGUCUAUUAUGGAUGCAUGCAUGGUAAUUUUGGGUCUGAACUAGAUUUGGGAGCAAAUCUACCUACUGGAUGCAAAGUUUUCACCUGCAGAACCAUUUUGUACUGCAGUAGGGGAAGGUUAUUUACAGAAGGAAGCUUGGCUUAGCCCAAGCUAACAAUGCGGUGUAAAAUUAGUGCUGGCCAGUUUGUGUGUGUUUGUAAGGGCGUAGCUACCAUAGGUGCAGGGAGUGCAGCUGCUAUGGGGCCCAGAGCUGAGAGGGGCCCACCUUCCUUGUCAAAGUGACAUGCAUCGUAUACAUUUUCAACCGUUGGGUGGUACAUAGGGGCCCUUACAAACUUUUGCCUUUUGUCCUACAAUAUAUCUAGUUACACCCCUGGACCUGCUCAUUCUACUGUGGUAUAAAAUGAACUGGAGGGCAUUAUAAUGUUACAUGUAGUAAUAUGAACUGGGGCACUAUAAUGUGGCACAAUAUGAAGUAUUGGUACCAUAGUGUGGAAUGAUAUGAACUGGGGGCCCUUUAAUUUGGCAUAAUAUGAACUGUAGACACUAUAUAGUAAUGUGAAUUAGGGGUACUGUAUUGCAUAAUGUGUACUGGCAACCCUACAAUGUGACAUACGGGUGGUCUUCAGUAUGCCGAAUGUCGGGAUCCCGGCGCACAGUAUACCGGCGCCGGAAUCCCGACACCCGGCAUACCGACGUAUAUUCUCCCUCGUGGGGGUCCAAGACCCCCCUGGAGGGAGAAUAAAAUAGCGUGGCGAGCUCAGCGAGCCCGCAAGGGGUUCAUUUGCGCUCGCCACACUGUCGGUAUGCCGGCGGUCGGGCUCCCGGCGCCGGUAUGCUGGUCGCCGGGACCCCGGUCGCCGGCAUACCAUACUACACCCGUGACAUACUAUAGUCUAUAAAAUAAACAAGGGCCGUUCUGUGGGGUAUAACAUUAACUAAGGCACAACUAUAGUUCAGUAAGUAAACUAGGGAACUAUAAUGGGGCAUACAAUGAACAACUGCUGAAAUGAGGUGUCUUUAGAAGCAUUAGGACAGGGGCUCUUCAAAAUCUUGCUAUGGGGCCCACAAAUUUCUGGCUACGCCCCUGUAGAGUGUGUGUGUGUUCAGCAUGCAAGAACUAGCAUUUGCAGCCCUACAACACAGUUUGCUCUGCUGGAAUUUGCACCUAUAGUAACUCUAAAUCAGCCACUUAUGCCUGAAUUACUGCUGUAGAAUUCACUUGUAUCAAUGGUCUGCAGGACUGACUGUUACCAUGUGUACAAGGGAUACACUAAUUAUGCAGAUUUAUGCUACAUCCUGUACAUUAUAUAUGUUUUUAUGUUGUGUUUGAUUAGUUGUUCUGUGCUUUUCUGAAACACAUAGGGGCUGGAUCAGAGCUGGGAGUAACAUACCUCCAAACAUUCUGCUAUCCAGGACUUCUCGGCAUGUACAUGAAAAACAGGGCAUGGCCUCCUAACUGAUAGACCUCUCCCCCUGGUGUGAUGUUUUAUGGGUUCUUACGCACACAGAGGCAGAACUCUGGGAGGCAACGGAGUCAUCUGCCGCCGGGCUCCUGCUCUGAAGAGGCACCUCUCCUCCCAUUCUGUGACACCAUUGAAUUAAGUUAAUUGAUAGCUGUCGCUGUCUUUUCAGUGACCGACUUCCUCACUGGUCCCUGCACCUUACAAAUCACACCCUCUUUAUUAUACUGAAUAUACACAUUUUACAAGUGUCACACCCAGGAUUAGAA